CUAAGUGCCUUCUUCCAAAAUAAAAAAUUUCUUUUUAUUGUUUUUCAUUGUUUUUACUACCUCCAUCCAAACAUGUACACACAAAGAGAGCAACAAUAUCAAAGACUUCUCGAUCGUUUACAUUCUUUAAAUAAUCUAAAAUCUUUACCCGACCAAUUAUUUGGUUAUUUACUUGCCAAAUCUGACCCUGUGCCUAUUUCUGUGCCAAAAGGAGUUAUUUUAUUUCGGCAAGGCGAAUGUGUACAAGGGUGGUAUUUACUUCUUUCUGGAGAAGUCCAACUAUACAUUGAACAAACAAUAUCACAAAGCGAAAAUAAAUUCAUUGAACAACAAAUUAAAAUUAUAGGGCCGGGUAAUUUAUUUGGAGCAUUACAAACUAGUCACAAACACUCCUGUUCAGCAAAAAUCUUAAAAAAUGCAGAAUUUGUCAGAAUUCCCCAAAAUAAUUUUCUUCUAAUUUAUAAUAAAUGGGCAGAUAGAUUACAAUCUUGUAUUGUUUUAAUGGAAGAUUUAAAUAAUAAUAAUAUACAAAACCCCCCAAAAAGUAGCAGACAACUUCCAAAAUUACCAAAUGAAAAGAAAAGAAAAACAAAAGAAGAAAAAGAAAAUAACAACAAUAAAUUACAACAAAAUGAACAAUUAAAAAAUAAAAAAAUAAAUAAUUUAAAUGAAGAAAAAAUUGAAAAUAAAAAUAUUGAAAAUGGGUUUUUAUUGGAAAUUAAAGAUUUAUUUGGAUAUGAUGAUAAACAAUUAUUUUUUGCUGCUGAAAUUCUUGCAAAUGAAAUGUCUAAUUGUAGCUCAGAAUUUUGUGAUAAAUUAAUAAAUAUUUGGAUUGAUUGUUUUAAUAUUCCAUUACCUCCAAAUUAUUUAAUAGAAUUGGGAAUAGGGCAAUUAUUGCUAGACAAUUCUUUAUUAAUUAUUUCAAAACAUUCUGAUCACAAUCCCCAAUUCAAUUUUUCCUCAAUUUAUUAUUGGUCAUUACCUUCAACUUCAGAAAAUAAAUUAAAAUAUUUUGACAAACAAAUAUUAGCUAAUUCUUUAAUUUUUCUUGCAAAUUCUGGAAGAGAUUCUCUUUUACAAACAAUUCUUAAAAAACCAAAAGAUUUUCGAACAGAAGAAGAAUUAAAAUUAAUUUUAGAAGAAAUUAAUUAUAUUCGCGGUUUUAGUUAUUUAAGUAAAGGAAUUAAAAGAGGAAUUGCCAAAAUUAUUUGUUUGGAAAUUGUUGAAUAUGCGGGCACUAUAAUUUUUAAAAAAGGGGAUUUAGCUAAUUGCUGGUAUACUGUACUUAAUGGAUCGUUAGAAGCUAAAUCUGAAGGAAAAAAAUCAAUAAUUAGAGAGGGUGAUGAUUUUGGAAAAUUGUCAAUUUUGAAUAAUGAAUAUAAGAAUGGGAAUCAACAAAAAAAUAAUUUAAGACAAACAACAGUUUUAACUUCACAAAAUGACUGUCAAUUAUUAAAAAUAAAUUCUCUUGAUUUUAAACAAUUAAUUUCUGAAAUUGAGUCAAAAACAAUUAGGUUAAAACAAGAAAUACAAGAUUUUAAUGAAGAUUUUCUGAUUUUACAGAAAGAUUCUGAAAAUUUGUAA